AUGUUCUGGAAAGAAGGCUGUGGACAAACGGUGGACGAACUGGCUGUCAAACUCCGGCAAUACGAAGGAAUUCUCUCUUCCUCCCUAUGGGCCUAUGUCUCGGCUGUAGAGGAAUUGUCUCCGGAGUUCCAGCAAUUCAAAGUGGAUAUGUCCUUCUCCCCACCUGUACAGGCCCCCAUUGCAGCUAUGAGGAAGAGCCAACUGUUGCCUGGGAAUAACUUCACAAACGAAUGCAACAUUCCUGGAAACUUCAUGUGCAGUAACGGGCGCUGUAUCCCAGGGGCCUGGCAGUGUGAUGGGCUGCCGGACUGCUUUGAUGACAGUGAUGAGAAGGAAUGCCCGAAAGCCAAAUCCAAAUGCGGUGCCACAUUCUUCCCCUGCGCUAGCGGCAUCCACUGCAUCAUCGGCCGCUUUCGGUGCAACGGCUUCGAGGACUGUCCCGACGGCAGCGAUGAGGAAAACUGCACAGCAAAUCCCUUGCUUUGCUCCACUGCCCGAUUCCACUGUAAAAAUGGUCUUUGCAUUGAUAAAAGCUUUGUGUGCGACAGUCAAAAUAACUGUCAAGACAACAGUGAUGAAGAAAGCUGUGAAAGCCCUCAAGAGGCCGGCAGCGGCCAAGAUUACGUGACCUCAGAAAAUCAGCUGCUUUACUACCCUAGUAUUACCUACGCUAUAAUUGGUAGCUCUGUCAUUUUUGUACUUGUGGUGGCCUUUCUUGCCUUAGUCCUGCAUCACCAACGGAAACGCAACAAUCUCAUGACCCUGCCAGUGCAUCGACUGCAGCACCCUGUCCUGCUGUCCCGGCUGGUGGUCCUCGAUCACCCGCACCACUGCAGCGUCACCUACAACGUCAACAACGGGAUCCAGUACAUGUCCAACCAGGCCUACCAUAGGCCAGUGGACCUGGACUCUCCACCAUCCUAUUCAGAGGCUGUGCUCGACCAAAGCAGACCACCUUGGUUUGACCUUCCUCCACCACCUUAUUGUUCUGAAUCCCCUAAUCAGCCAGAUCUUCCUCCUUACCGAUCUCGGACGGGAAGCCUGGUGAGCACAGACACCCCGAUGGCAGGAAGCCCUCUGGGCACAGCCGACAGUUGGACAAGAGACAUCCAUGACAGCAUGGAUGGCCACAGAACUCUUCUUGAGAGGACAGCAGAUCAAAGCGAUUCUCUGGUCAACCACAUCGCUGAAAGAGAAGUGUAACCGCUCCGGUAUAUGGGAUGGGCAGGAAGGCAUUUACUUUUUUGAGUCCAUGUGGGUUAAUCUGCUGUGGCUAAUAGUUUUCAGGGGGACAUGUGCCUGAAUGAUGACUUGAUUUGA